GAGCACCUUGAGUGAUGCCCAAGAAGUUCCAAGGUGAAAAUACCAAGUCGGCUGCUGCCCGCGCAAGGAAAGCUGAGGCAAAGGCAGCAGCCGAUGCCAAACGUCAGCAGGAGCUGGAAGAUGCCUACUGGAAGGAUGAAGACAAACACGUGAUGAGGAAGGAACAAAGGAAGGAAGAGAGGGAGAAGCGGCGGCUGGAGCAGCUGGAGCGCAAGAAGGAGCUGCAGCGCCUGCUGGAGGAGGAAGACUCCAAGCUGAAAGGGAAGUCACCCAAGCAAGUCACUCCGGGCAAAGUCACCAGGGCCCAGAUCGAGGAGACGAUCAGAAAAGAGCAGCAGCAGAAGGAGAAUGCAGAUACAGUGGAGAAGGAGAAGACUCACUUGGAGGUUCCCUUGGAAGAGAACAUCAACAGAAGGGUACUGGAGGAAGGAUCGGUGGAGGCCAGGACGAUUGAAGAUGCCAUUGCUGUCCUCAGUGUUGCCAAUGAUCUGGACCGGCACCCCGAGCGCCGGAUGAAAGCUGCCUUCACGGCUUUUGAAGAGGUCAAUCUGCCACGCCUGAAGCAAGAGAACCCCAACAUGCGCCUGUCCCAGCUCAAGCAGCUCCUCAAGAAGGAGUGGAUGAAGUCGCCAGAAAACCCCAUGAACCAGAGGCACAAAGCUUACAACAGCCAAAAGUAGAACUUAGAGCUGAUCGUCCCCCACGGACAGUGGGCUGGAGCCACAGGGCUCUGCUUGGAUGAAAAUAAGAGACACAAGAAACCUCCUCUCCU